GGCAAUAGUUUGGUGAUGUACGUGAUAAUCAGGUACACCAAAAUGAACAGCGCCACGUACAUCUAUAUCUUCAACCUGGCCUUGGCAGACUUCCUGGUGCUGGCAACUCUUCCAUUCCAGGGAACCGAUGUCCUGCUGGACUUUUGGCCCUUUGGGCUGAGUCUCUGCAAGAUAGUGGUCAGCAUCGACUACUACAACAUGUUCACCAGCGUCUUCACACUGACCGUGAUGAGCGUGGACCGAUACGUCGCCGUGUGCCACCCUGUGCGGUCACUCGCCGUGCGCACCACCUCAAAGGCCAAAGUGGUCAACGUAGGAGUGUGGGCACUCGCCUCUGCCAUAGGAGUGCCAGUUAUGGUGAUGGGGCAGCUGGAAGUGGAACCCAAUGGCGAACGUAUUGAGUGCAUGGUGGUCCUGCCCAGACCUCACCGGUACUGGUCGCCCGUCUUCGGCACGUGUGUGUUCCUCUUCUCGUUCAUCGUGCCCGUGGCCAUCAUUAGCGUGUGCUACGGGCUGAUGGUGCGGCGUCUGCACAGCGUGCGGCUUCUGUCCGGCUCCCGGGAGAAGGACCGCUACCUGCGCCGGAUCACGCGCAUGGUCCUGGCCGUGGUGCUGGCCUUCGUGGUGUGCUGGGCGCCGGUGCAAGUGCUAGCCUUGGUCCAGGCGCUGGGCAGUGUAGACCUGGGCAGCAGCGAGGCCCGCAUGGUGGCGAUGCACUUCUGCAUCGCGCUAGGCUACGCUAACAGCAGCCUCAACCCCCUGCUCUACGCCUUCCUGGACGAAAACUUCAAGCGUUGCUUCCGCGCUUCCUGCCCGCACCGCGGCCUCGGGGGUGGCGGCAUGGACGGGCCGGGGAGGAAGUCGUCGAGGAGGAGCAAGUGGUUCGGCGGGGAGGAGCGCGAAAACGGCAUUGCGCAUGGAGAGAUGGAAAUGGCAGAGGGAAAUCAUAGACAGCAGUGA